AUGUCUCUUAAAACAAAACAAACACAAGACGCGGUGGAGGGUGAGGGUGAAGUGGAGGUGGAGGCGUACGCCUCCGUAACAUGCAGGCGGAAUAUGCCCAUUGCGGCGCGGACCAACAGCGCUGCGGGAUGGACUUCCCGGCCUGAGGCCUUGAGGAAGAGCCAGGAGGCCAUUAACGGCCUACCUAGGGAGGAGGAUCCUGGGGCGACCUACGGCCCUGAGUUCAUCGGGACUUUGACUGGCAAGGCUGCGCAACUGGCAAAAAACAAGGCUGCGCAACUGCCGAAGGGCAAGAAGAGGAGGCUUGAUCCCUCCGCCUCGUCUUCUGACCACGAGGUGGAGGUCGUUGACGAGUCCUCGGACUCGGCCUCCUCCCCGGAGGAUGAGGGGUGGGACUCGGCAUUCAGGAGGAAGAAGAAGGAUGGGAGGGGACACUCUCCAAAGGAUCCUUCGCAUGAUGGGUGCUUCACGGCGGAGGCACUGAAGGCCAAGAAGGUCUUCGCCAAAAGGUUGAAGCAGGGCCGGGACGAGGAGCGUGCCCUGGACCCCUCGGCGGUGCUGAAAUAUACCAAGAAGGUGGCGGACAUGCGUUACAAAAAGGCGGACCUCAUACAGGAAUACAGAGACAUCUCUUCGGCCGGCUUAGGAGCAGUGGUGACGGAGCGCGUGGCCAUGCUGCAGAAGAUGGCCCAGGGCUGCUCCAAUCUAAAAGGUACCACGGUGCAAGCGCUAUGGAACACUUCGGCCCACAUUUCGGCAGCCGCCGCGGUUUUGAACCAGAGAGCGCAGCAACCUGGUCAUGCGGUGGCGGAGGCCGAAUGGGAGGACAUCAGGAAGGAGGUCCGCCAGCUAAAGGGGGACCUGACGCACCUCAGGGCCGAAAAUGAGAGCUUCAGGUCCGAGAACGAGAACCUGAAAGCCCAAAUUAAGAAAUUGGAGGAGGAGCGAUCCAGAGUGGCUGCGACGGCUCCUAGCCCUCAACCCACUCCGAGUAUGGGCAUCCAUCCGCCCGUACCUCCGCCUGAGGGAUCCGAAUCGGCGAUGGACGUGGAGGCUGAGGAGCAUCGCCGCCCCUCGUCAUUCCCCCCCAACGGCCGUGACGGGGGAACAGCUGAACCCUCCCGGUCCCCGGGAGUGGUUCCCACUGAGGGGGGCCCCAAGGCCCCGAAAAAGAAGAACAAGAAGAAGAAGGGGAAGAAGGGGAAGGGGGGCGAUGCGCCUCAGGUCCUCUCAACCCCGGCAGCUCCCCGAGUGAAGGGGAAGGAAAGUGCCCAGGGAGGCCCCGAGGGUAAACUGAGGGGGCUCGUAGGCCAGAAGGAGGGCCAGAAGGGGGGAGUCGCUGCCGCCUCACAAGAGGCCGGGAAAAAAGUGCAGCCUGCUAGAGGGGUCGCGACCCGCUCCUCUUCCCAGCCGUCCACGUCGGACGGCUGGAAUAAGGUGGUGGGCAGGAGAGCCAAGCAGACCCAACCAAUCUCAGGGGGGGGUAAACCUUCCCCUAUUGCCAGGAAAAAUCAACCCGCCAAGGGGAAGAAUGAGGUGGGCAACUGUCCACGCCCCGACUCCAGGAAAGGGACCGGGAGUGGGAAACCCCCGCCAGAUCCAUCUGGGGUAAUGGGAGGGAAGGGUGGGAAGGGUGUUCCGCGCCUAAAGGCGCCAACGUCCGCGGCGGUGUGCAUCACCUGUCCAGCUGGCAAGUACAGCGAGGUGAUGCGCAUCGCCAGGAGCAAGGUCCCCCUCUCUGAGCUGGGGAUAAAGAACCUCAGGUGCAAGAGGGCCAUCACCGGGGCCCUCCUGCUUGAGGUCCCUGGCCCGGAGGGGGACAAAUUAGCCGACACCCUGGCCAUCAAACUCAGGGUAGCGCUGGCGGGAGAGGAGGGGGUCAGGGUGGACCGCCCUUCAAAAAAGGCGGAGGUCCGCCUCCACAAUUUGGAGGACUCUGUCACGGUCGCGGACAUAGCGGCGGCCGUGGCAGAUGCCUCGGGAGGGGAUCCCUCCGACAUCAGGGUGGGGGGAAUAAAGAGAGCCCCGAACGGUUUGGGAACCGCCUGGGUGCGGUGUCCCGUCGCCGUGGCCAGAAAGGUCGCGGAGGCGGGCCGCAUCCUGGUCGGUUGGGGGAUGGCCCGGGUAGAGGUGUUGGCGGCGAGGCCCCUGCAGUGCUUCCGCUGCUUGGAAGAGGGGCAUGUCCGCCAGCACUGCCGCAGCGACGUCGAUAGGUCCGGCGUCUGUUACCGCUGCGGCGGCCCGGGUCAUCGGGCCGCCGAGUGCACCGGGCGUGUUGUGUGUCCGGUGUGCUCCACGGCCGGCAGAGAGGCGACCCAUCGUUUGGGUGGGGAGGCGUGUAUCGCCUCCCAAAAGAAGAAGGGGAAGAGGAAGAAAGGAGCGGGGAAAGCCCGAACCUCGCCUCCCUCCCACUCCCCACAGGAAGGAGGCCUGCAGCAACCGGCAUCCCAGGAGCCGGUUGCGGGGCCCUCUGGGUUGGGCCAAGUAGUCCCUCCCCCGAAGGAGAGGAGGGACAAUAAGAGAUCCAGGAGAGAGGAGGCUGGCCCAUCUGCACCUGAGGACCCAAUGGUCCUCACCGAGGUGCAGAUGGAGGAGACUCGCCCGCGGACGGCCAACGUAGGCCACACGACGAUCGCCCAGGACCUGUUCCUCCACUCGCUCACUGAGCGGGGGGCAGGCCUGGGCGUGGCGUCCGAGCCCGACCGGAUCCCGGCCGACGACACUCGCGGCCCCACGGGGGCCGACUACGAGGAGCAUCUUGACAGGGUGGCGGGGGUCAUUAGACGGUGUGCCCCCCACCCUGUGGUGGUGGCCGGAGACUUCAACGCCAAAUCUGGUGCGAGGGGUUCCCCGGUCACCAAUCAUCGUGGUCGGCUCACCGAGGCCUGGGCGGCGUCGACCGGCCUUCACCUUUUCAAUGAAGGCUCGGUGAGCACUUGCGUGCGCCCGCAGGGCGAAUCUAUCAUUGACCUCACAUGGGUCAAUAGCCCUGCGGUGCGCGCGGUGGGGGGUUGGAGGGUGGCGGAGGGAAUCGACACUGGUUCCGACCAUCUCUACAUAGAGGGCGAAUCUAUCAUUGACCUCACAUGGGUCAAUAGCCCUGCGGUGCGCGCGGUGGGGGGUUGGAGGGUGGCGGAGGGAAUCGACACUGGUUCCGACCAUCUCUACAUAGAGGUGAUCCUCUCCGCCAUCUCCCCCGAGGUGCUCCGGCGCCGCCGGGAAAGAGAGCGCGGGCGGCCCGGCAGAUGGGCCUUCCGUAAGAUGGACGAGGACGCCCUCAAGGCGUCCAUCGCCGCGGCGGAGUGGGCCCGGGGAGACGAUCCUCCUCGACCCAUUCUGUCCCCGGACGAUGUGGAGGAGGAGGCGGAGGAACUCGGGGCAGACAUGGAGAGGGCGUGCGACGCCUCCAUGCCCCGAGUUCGCCCCACGCCCUUCAGGUCCGCGUACUGGUGGACGGAGGAGAUAGCCGAACUUAGGCGCUCCUCCGUCCAGGCCAGAAGACGUAUGCAGCGGACCAGAAGGGCGGGGAACGUCGCCGAGGCGACGAGGGCGCGCAGGGCUUUCCGAGCCGCACGGAAAGCCCUGCGCGUAGCUAUUGUGAAGGCCAAGGCCAGGUCCUGGGAGGACAUGUUCAAGUCCCUGGACAAGGACCCUUGGGGGCGCCCGUACAGAAUAAUCUUGCAAAGAUUGCGACCAUGGGCGCCCCCGGUGACGGAAAGUCUUGAACCCCCACUCCUCGAUAAUGUGGUAGGGGCCCUCUUCCCGGAGGAGGGGCCGCCGCCCCUUCUGUACGAGGGUCCCCCGCCGGACUGGAACGAGGAGUGGGAGAGGAGGCGAUGCGAUAUCACCGCUUUCCCCUCUACCUGGUGCAUAUUGUCCGGGCCUAUUUUCGGGAGAGGACUCUGGGGUUCGUCGACCGAGACGGACUCCAGCGCGGAAGGGGCAUGCGGUGCGGGGUCCCGCAGGGGUCUGUCUUGGAGCCCCUGUUGUGGGACCUCGCAUACGACCGCGUGCUUAGGAUAG